AUGGGCAAUGAGCAAUGGGCAAUGGGCAAUCCACAACGAAGAGAGGGUAUGCGAGUGUAUGGAGUACUGUGUCCGUUUGGAAGGUUGAGUCAAUAUGGAUUUUGCUUUUGGGGCUCCACUGGGUGCAAGCUAGACAAGGCUGCACAACCCUGCGCGCAGUUCACCGUCUCCAAAGGGCGUUCUGACGUCUUGACACCGGGGAAUGCUAGUAAGUCACGCCCCGGCUGUGCUAAGCUGAGCGGUCACGACAAAGCUUCGGAUUCGAUCGACGAUGGCCCGGGCAUGACCCAUUUUUCCUGGCUUUGCUUUGCAUCACUGCUGAUUGCUCCAUCGUCCCGUGCCUUGCCCGGCGCCUUGGGGAUCUGGAUUGCAGGCAACGGUUUCUAG